AUGGAAACAGCGAGUGCAGCAAGGACAAAUGGUACCACUGGGAAGCCAGAGGAUGUGAAGAGUCCAUCUGCCCCAAAAAAGGAAGAAGAAGCGAAGAAGACCACAAGCCCAGGUGGUGGUGAGAAGGAACCUAACAAGGGCACUGGUAGUGCUGCUUUGGAAACAGGGCAAAUCAAGAGCUCCCUCUUCUCUGGGAGUGACUGGAAGAGGCCCAUCAUUCAGUUUGUGGAGUCGUCCGAUGAGAAGAGAUCCUACUUCAGCAUGGAUUCGGCAGAUUCAAAGAAGAUGCAGUAUGGCAGUGGACAGAUAGGAGACAUGAGGAGACCACCCCUCUCCUUUGCAGAGAAAGGUGAUCUCAGGAAGUCCCUCUUCUCGGACCUGAAGAAAACUUCCCUCCCUCUGGUGGAGACGGGGGAUCUGAGAAGAUCCACCUUCAAUAAGCCUGACAGAGCAGCUGGGUCACGGCCCAGGGUGAAGCUUGAGGAUGUUCUGUGUGACUCCUGCAUUGAUAACAAGCAAAAGGCUGUCAAGUCCUGCCUGGUGUGUCAGGCUUCCUUCUGUGAGCUGCACCUCAAGCCCCACCUGGAAGGAGCAGCUUUCCGGGACCACCAGCUCCUGGACCCCAUCAGGGACUUUGAAGCAAGAAAAUGCCCUGUGCAUGGAAAGACCAUGGAGCUGUUCUGUCAGACAGACCAGAUGUGCAUCUGCUACCUCUGCAUGUUCCAGGAGCACAAGAACCACAGCACAGUGACAGUGGAGAUCGAGAAAGCAGGAAAAGAGGCUGAGCUUUCACUGCAGAAAGAGCAACUGCAGCUGAAGAUCAUUGAGGUAGAAGAUGAAAUGGAUAAGUGGCAGAAGGAGAGGGACCGUAUCAAGAACUACACCACCAAUGAGAAGGCCACCGUGGACCAGCAUUUCAAAGAGCUGAUCCGUGACCUGGAGAGGCAGAGGGAUGAAGUGAAGGCUGCACUGGACCAGAGGGAAAAGAUUGCAUCAGAGAAUGUGAAAGAAAUUGUGGAUGAGCUGGAAGAGAGGGCAAAGCUUCUGCGGGAGGACAAGGAGAACAGGGAGCAGAUCCACCAGAUCAGUGAUUCCGUGCUCUUCCUGCAGGAGUUUGGGGCUUUGAUGAGGAAUUACGUCCCCCCUCCAUCUCUGCCAACGUACAGUGUGCUGCUUGAAGGGGAGAGCAUGAGCCCAUCCAUGGGACUCCUCAGAGAUGACCUCCUAAACGUCUGCAUGAGGCACGUGGAGAAGAUCUGCAAGGCUGAUUUGGGACGCAACUUCAUAGAGAGGAACCACAUGGAGAAUGGAGGUGACCACAGGUACAUGAUGAACAACUACGAGUGGAACCAGCCUGACAACUUGAAGAGAUUUUCCAUGUUCCUGUCUCCCAAAGCCAAUUUCAACCCACGAUCAUGGGAAUUUUCCUCCUUCCAAGCGACUGAGGAAACACUUGGUACGGGUAAUUCUGACUUCAGUUUGAAAGGUUAUCCUUCAAUAGUGAGACAUCAGUCUACAAAGGUGACGCCACAGACAUGGAAAUCCUCUAAGCAGUCUGUUUUGUCCCAUUACCGCCCCUUUUACGUCAACAAAGGCAAUGGAGCCACUUCCAACGAGGCACCUUGAUUCCUGAAGAUGUAGGGAAGAGCUGCAGCACUUGGAGUGAAGACUCAGCUGCGGAUUUUCAUGGAUGUACCUGCUACUAUAUUAACCUCACUGCUCUAAUCUCUGCCAGGGAGAGGGAAGGUGCAGAAGGGAAUAGCCUUUCCUAGAGGAAACAAGGACUUUUUCCAAAUCACCUAAUCACCUUGAAAGCUCUGCAGGCCUUAACAACGUAACCCCACCCUCUGCUGUCACCUCCUCAGCCCCUCUCUGUCCCUUUGCCUCUGCAGAGCGAGCUGCUCUGCUUCUCCUGGGAAGCAUGCAUGCUUGGGUAGCACCCCCUGACUCUGCUCUACCACUUGUCCCCUUGUCCUCAGUGUGUUUAUAUGACGAUAACUGUUAAGUCCUGGUGAAGGUCCCAACCUGGGGAGACCCAAAGGUCUUCCUGGAAUGGGGACACCCCAGCCAGUGGGAGCAGUGACAGGCUAAAGCUCUUCCCAUGCCUCUCUACCCUGUCACCUGGCCUUGCCUCUGGGCACACAGAGCUCCCACUGGGAUCAACUCCAGCACUGCCACCUUCCUUGGUCCCUUCAGACUCCCCCCAGCCCAUGCCACUGCUGGCACCCUUCAUCAGCUCAGCUCUGCUCCUGCUGGCCUUCAAAAAGCCAGCCAAGAGAAGCCAUUCAGAGCUCCUGCAGCCCUAGGCCAGCUCCUGGUGGAGGGCAGAGAGGCUUUCUAUCCCAUUAAAGUACCCCUCCAGCACCUUUUCAAAUUAAGAAAUCAAAAGAAAAUCCAUCCUACUAAUACAAGAUUGAUUAGAUGCCAUAGGUGUUGGGUGCUUUUUUUGUAUUCUGUUGUGCUUUUUUAAUUCCCCCAAACCAAAAUUGAUUUAUAUAUUGCAGUUCAGGGUGUUUUUUUUUUUUUCCUGCCAUGAGAAUUAGUUUCAUAACAUUUUCCCUUGGGAUCAUAUUUUUAUUUGUCCCCUGGGUGGGUGAAUCACAUCAGCCCUCCACCUGCAAACCAGCCAGGGCUGGUUAAGCUUUCCAUGAUCUCACUGAGAUUAUUUUCCUUCCCUUUGGACAAUGCUGAGAGGUUGGGUCCAUACUUUGCAAAAUCCUUCCCAGGCCAGUCAGUAGGAGCAGAUGGCCAACAGUAGAAUCAGAGCUCCCCAACAGUGAGAAGCAGCUGCAGAACAGACAACCAAGACCCAACAGCUACUUUUCAUGGUUUGCUCUGGUCCAGCAGUUAUUGAAACAGCUUCUCCCCACCUUUCCUCCCUGCAAAUGCUUCCAACACUUUGCUGAGAGAGGUCACACCUCUUGCUCCCUGAAAAUUACUUUCUUGCUAAUCCCCCUGCAAAGAUACUCGCUGCUUUUUCAUCCAACACCUCAGACAAAACUUCUGAGGCUGAAAGUUGGUUGCUCCAGAAUACUUGAAAUGGCUUUUUUUUUAUUAUUAUUUUUUCCUUAAAUGACCAGAAAGGAACAGGAUAGCAUGGGAAGGAAGGAUGUGAAGAAAGAGAAACUGGGGUAGAGUUGCUAGGAAAUACACUGAAGGGUUUGAGUACGUGUGUGAAAGGAUAAAAUAAGUGCCCUCCAAAUCUCCUUGUUUGUUUCACUCCUGAGCAGGUGUCAGAAAUCACUUGGGUCCCUUAUCUUCUAGUAAAAGCUUUCACCACCUCCUUCCUAGUCUCCAAAAAUGUAGCCACAGUUCCUUCUCCUCCCCCAAAACUAAGAUAUUACGAGCCCCCCAUUCCUUCCUGCCCUAAAGAAGACCUGCUGUGGGGUCAGCUGGGCUCUGCACAGAACUCACCAGCCAAAGAACACAGUGUCCCAUUGCUCCAGAACUGAAUGUCCCCUUCCUCCAGAACCAAGUGUCCCCCUUCCUCCAGAACUGAAUGUCCCCCUCCUCCAGAACCAAGUGUCCCCCUUCCUCCAGAACUGAAUGUCCCCCUCCUCCAGAACCAAGUGUCCCCCUUCCUCCAGCUGACUCUGUGUCCCCCCACCUCUGCAGGCCCCCCAGCCUCUUUGCUCCCGUUCCUCUCCUUGCUUCAAGGGCCUCCCUCACACCUUGCACACACAACAGGAGCUGCUCCCCAUUUCCUCCCCUCCCAGCCCUUUAUCCCUCCAGAGAAGUGUGGGAGGGGGCUCAGCUCCAGCCCCCCCCUUGCACCUUUGCCCUCCCGGGAACUUGCAGUGCAGCUUCCAGGUGUAUUGUGCAUGAACUGGUUUUAUCAUGUUUGUCUUGAGCAGCAAAGCAAGAGGAAUUCCACCUCCUCAGACAGGACACGGCUGCGCUGAUGUAAA